UCCUCUAACUCUGUAAUAUGUUUUUAGUGCAAACAGUUCGUGGGGUUUGUCUUAAGUGAGACAUGUUCUUCUUUCCGACCCAAAGCCUGUUUUCUUUAAACAUUCUCUGUGCUGUAGUAGUCUUACAUGCAAUGGUUAAGCUUCUCAGUUUACACAGGACUCAUGUCUGCAUGUUCAUUAUGAUGAUUACUGUUAAAAUUUCAGUUUCUCAGCCUUCUCCAAGUGUCUGCAGCCUUGAUUUGCCGUCUUCAUUGCCUGAUUCUGACACAACUUGCACAGGGAGAGAUUGGGGUGGGUUCCUGUCAGAAAAUUGUUGUGGAUCAUCAUUUCCUGCUUACCUCUUUGCUCUGAGUCAGAGGGCAAAUCGAACAGGACUCAUAUUCCUGAAUUCUGAUGAGCAAAGGAGUUGCCUGGCAAAAAUGGAGAAAUCUGAACCGGAUGUUUUGAGUUGUGGGAUUGACAAGCUUACAAGUGGAGGUGGAGGCUGUUCUGACAUCUCUGUUGCUAAUGCUACACAUAGGUUAGGUAGAAAUCUGAAAAGUUUAACUCAAAAUUGCAAAUUUGAAGGUUCUGAAGAAGAGUUUGAUCAAUUCUGCAUUUCCUGUGUAAGGAGUUGGCAGGAAAUUGGACAGGAGCAUUCCAUUUCCUCCAAUGGAACUGAUGUCUGCAGAUUUGCAGUGCUGAUAUCACUAACAAGUACUAGGAUCCAUGAUGAAUCUUAUAUCCAUAGAGUUUACAAAUGCCUGGAGAAUCAAAAGAAUCAAAAUAACAACAUUGGUGAUAUUGAUGCAGCAGAAUCUGCAGAACCAGAAGUCAAAAAGAAGCACAAAAUUAGUACAGGCAUCUGGAUCCUAACUGGGUGCUUCAUUGUUGCUGCUGUGAUACUUAUAACUAUUGCCACCAAGUUUUCCAGAAGAUGUCAUAAAUCAAAAAAGCCACUCAAAAACAAUGCCUUUAUGAACCUGCAACUAAAGGAGUCUUCUUUUCCAAAAUUUCCACUGAAGGAGGUGUAUUAUGCCACAAGUAAUCUAAGUGACAAUAAUCUCAUUGGUGAAGGAACUGCAGGAAAGGUAUAUAAAGGAAUACUGUCAAAUAAUCAGCAUGUUGCAAUUAAGCACAUCAUCAAUGAUGGAAAUGCAGAAACUGUUGUCCGGGAAGUCACGAGCUUAUCACACAUAACGCAUCCGAACCUUGUGGCUUUGCUGGGUUACUGUAUAAGAGAAGAUGAGUGUUUCCUUAUCUAUGAGUUUUGUCCUAAUGGAAAUCUAUCUGAGUGGAUAUUUGGGAAGGAUAAGUUUCUAUCUUGGAUUCAACGGCUUGAGAUUGCAGUUGACAGUGCUCGCGGUCUGCAGUUUCUCCAUUCAUACUCAGAAGGCUGCAUUGUUCACCGCGAUAUCAAGCCAACGAACAUUCUCCUAGGUCCAAAUUUUGAUGCAAAGCUCUCAGACUUUGGGUUGUCUAAGGUAAUCAACCAGGGUGAGACCUAUGCAAGCUCAGAAGUAAGAGGAACAUUCGGUUACGUCGAUCCUGAAUACAAAAGUAACCGCCAAGUCAAUUCGUCCGGCGAUGUUUACAGCUUUGGCAUAGUACUUCUGCAAAUCCUCUCAGGGAGGAAGGUUAUAAAUAUGAAUCUGAAUAAACCAAUGCCAUUGGAUAAAAUGGCAAAAUGCCUUACUAGAGGAGGCAGCAUAAUAGACUUUGCAGAUCCUAAGCUGGAUGGAGAGUACUCAGCAGAAGCUUUUGUUCUUACAUUUGAACUGGCACUGUCAUGCACUGCACUUCAACAACAACGACCAUCGAUGGAUCGGGUUGUUGCGCAAUUAGAAGAAGCCCUUAAUGCAUCAACAAGGGCAAAAGCCUCUACUCCUGAAGCUACACCUAUUCGGCUAUUGAUUUCGUAGUGGAAGUUUCUUUAAAUUUUCAGAUACUUGUAAGAAUGCUUUGUAAAAGCAUUCAAGUAGUUUAUCUGUUACAAUAAACUUGACGGAUAAGGCGAUUUUUUAUAGUUUAUCCAUCAAUUUUUUAUAGUUCUACAUCUACGAACCAACCUUGUAUAUUAAACAAAUCGUUUUUUUCGCUCAGUGCCAGCAAUUCUACUAUUAUUAGUGAACAGUAAUGGAAUAUUUGGAUCAGCUAA